AUGUCCCUUUCUUCCCAGACAACCGGACAGGAGCCAGGGGACAGCACAUCGCUGGGUUCCUUGGAGUCCAGCGUCUUCUGCAGUGAAGAGGAGCAGGGGCCCUUGCUGCAGAAAGUUGACCCCUCCUUGGACUGUUUCAUCAUCAAUGUGGGAGGCAGCCGCUUCGUACUGUCCCAGCAAACUCUGUCUUGCUACCCAGACACCCGGCUUGGGAAGCUGGCCGUGGUGGUGUCCGCUGCCCGGGAUGUAGCCUCUAGCCUCCUGGAGCUCUGCGACGAUGCCAACCUGGUGGAGAACGAGUAUUUCUUCGACCGGAGCUCGCAGGCAUUUCGCUACAUCCUGAAUUAUUACCAGACAGGGAGGUUACAUGUGAUGGAGCAGCUGUGUGCCCUCUCCUUCCUGCAGGAGAUCCAGUACUGGGGUCUGGACGAGCUCAGCAUUGACUCCUGCUGCAGAGACAGGUACUUCAGGAGGAAGGAACUGAGUGAAGCCUUGGAUAUCAAGAAAGAUGCAGAAGAGCUGGAUGCCCAGGAUGAGGAAGAGGAUUUCUCCGGGAGUCUCUGUCCCAGUGUCAGGCAGAGGCUCUGGGAGAUGCUGGAGAAGCCUCGCUCUUCUGUAGCUGCCAGGACUUUUGGCACCCUCUCUAUGGCCUUUGUUGUCGUGUCCAUUGCCAAUAUGGCCUUGAUUUCUGUGGAGCUGAGCUGGUUGGCGCCCCCACUACUGGACGCCCUGGAGUACGUGUGCAUUGUCUGGUUCACAGCAGAGUUUGCCCUGCGGCUCCUGUGCACACGGGAUCGGUGCCGCUUCCUGAGGAGCGUGGCAAACAUCAUAGACCUGCUGGCCAUUUUACCCUUCUACAUCACCCUGCUGGUGGAGAGCAUGUGCGGUGGGGAGAGCUCUCAAGAGCUGGAGAAUGUGGGGCGUAUCGUCCAGGUGCUGAGGCUGCUCAGAGCUCUGCGUAUGUUGAAGCUGGGCAGACAUUCCACAGGCUUGCGAUCUCUUGGGAUGACUAUUGCACAGUGCUACGAAGAGGUUGGCCUGCUGCUGCUUUUUCUUUCUGUGGGAAUAUCUAUAUUUUCCACGGUGGAGUAUUUUGUUGAACAAGGUGUCCCUGGCACAACUUUCACAAGUGUGCCCUGUGCAUGGUGGUGGGCAACAACUUCCAUGACAACCGUUGGUUACGGCGACAUUAGACCAGACACUACCACUGGCAAGGUAGUGGCCUUUAUGUGUAUAUUAUCGGGAAUAUUGGUCUUGGCUUUGCCUAUAGCUAUAAUAAAUGACCGUUUUUCUGCUUGUUAUUUUACACUGAAGAUAAAGGAGGCUGCUCUUCGACAGCGUGAAGCUUUAAAGAAGCUCACAAAGAACACAUCCACUGACUCAAAUAUCAAUGUUAAUUUGCGAGACAUAUAUGCUCGCAGUAUCAUGGAUAUGUUACGGUUAAGAAGCAGAGAGAGAGUAAGCACCAGGAGCAGUGGUGGAGAUGAUUUUUGGUUUUGA